CGGGUCCGGACUGGUCUGAUACUGGGUGCUCAUCUCUUCAUCUGCAGCUCGUCAUGGAAGUUUUAUUAGAGGACACGCGUGGGCAGCGACAAUUCAAGUCCCUGCUCCUGGUCUUCCUCUUUGUGUGGAACACAGCAGCUGACUGUUUGAUUCCUGAGGGGGGGCCAAACAUGGUCCCGACCACUGAAACUCUUCUAAGGAAUGAUUUCCCUGAAGGCUCUGAGGCCGUGUUAGAAUGUGCCAAUGGAUACGUCGAAGACAGCGGCUCUGGGAUUUUAACRUGUCGUGGUGGGAAAUGGACUGAACCGGAUCUUACCUGCAUUAAAAAAGACUGUGGUGUUCCUGAAGAACAGAAAAAUAUGAAGUUUCAUAUCUUUCAUGGUACUCUGUAUGGUGAUAUGAUUAAAGUAACUUGUGAUGAAGGUUACAGGAUUAAUGGAACRAGCUAUAGGCAAUGCAUUGCCACAGGAUGGUUUGGAUCAGGACAGUGUGACAUUGUUACAUGUAACAAACCUCUUCAAGUGGCCAAUGGCAGAAGCUCCUGGAUUUCUGAGAAAAACCCAGAAUACAAACAAUUUGUUAACUACAGCUGUGCCGAUGGAUACACCCUCCGUGGCAACGCCAGCAUCACGUGCAGCAAAACUGGUCAAUAUGAUUCUCCACCUCCUGAAUGCCAAGGUGUGACAACAGAAGAUAGAGUUACAACAAAAAUGGUAACUUCAGCUCCUCCAUCAUCAGAACCAGAAACACUUCCUGCUAGGACUUCGUCCAUCACAACUACAACUCACAGAGCCACAACGUUCACAGCCAGAACGUCUGCAGCCGUCUCCGCAUCGGAACGAGAGGGGGAAUAUGAAGCUGUAAACCCCAGCAAAAAUACUGCUCUUAUACUUGCUGUGACAUUUGUUUCAUUAGUUGCAGUUCUUGGAGUAGUUUUGUUCUUUUUAUGCAAGUGUCAACAGAAGAGGAAAGGCUCGUAUGACACCAGAGAAGACCUGAAGCCGGAGUUAUUACAGUUCCAAAACCUUUAGAUUGCCUUCCUCGUUCAGCUUUGCAGUUGGAGCUGCGCCGGCCUGAUGAAGCUUCCGUCACCAAAGAAGAAGAACAAAGUGCCUUUCCAGUCCACGGUGGAAACAAGAAACUCACCUUUUAUAAACUUUAUAUUUGCACUUUGAAUCGAUCACGCCCAAACCUGCUGAAUAAUAUAAUUUAAUUUAAGAAGACAUGUCAAAGUGGAAUAAUCAAAAAGCACUUUUUUUUGUAUUUGUUUCUAUUGAGUCACUGAGAGAAAUGUGUUAUUUUUUUAUUACCCAUGCAGUAUUUAUGUCCUAAACUUAUCUAACUUUAUUGAAAUUGUUAUAAAUAAUUCAAAUUGUAUUUUUUAAGUGUUUUAGUUUAUAUGUUUCAAUGUCUUUUGGUUUUCAUGAUGACUGCAGUUUUUAUCAGAGUAGAGGCAUAAAAGAAGUUAUUCACGAAGCACACAAUGUGCUUGUUUCAGUUUGCAGGCUGGUGGCUGGGAAAGAUACAAUCUGAUGGUCGCCUCCUGACUCUCUGUUCAUGAUUGUCUAUUGUCCUGACCUUCUUUGAGUAACUCUGCAAAACAAUUGGAAGCCUUUCAUCUGAAAAGAAUCCAGCAGCUUUGCUUAUCUUUUAAUGAAACAACCCAUUUCUGUAAAGAAUGUGAGGGAAUUCUAAAAAGGCAGGGAGAAAAACUGUUUUCAAACUAUAAAGAAAACCACUUUUGUAUUGUAGAAACGUGUGUGCGUCUACGAAACAUUCAUGUAAAAUGUAAAAAUCAAACAAAACCUUUUUUUAAAUUAAAAUUUUUAUAUUGAGAAAUGA